AAAUUAAUUAACGCGUUACUAUUCCCUAUAUAAAUACCCGUUGCUGUGGUCCGAGUUAUCUAUGUAUUUCCAUCUUCUUCAACGCAAACGCAGGCCCUCCACCUUCAGCAAGCUACAAGUCCAGAAGAAAAUGGUGGGAAGGAAAGGGAGGAAAACGAAUCGAAAACACUCGCUGUCCACAAUCCGCUACAAUAAGAGAAAAAAUGGUGCCUCUAAGCGUAGUGCUUCCACCGUGCGCCGUCUCAAGAUGUACAACACCAAACCGAAGCGCAACAAUAAGGGGAAAAUUCUGAAGUUUGAAUUGCAAUCUAAAGAGCUUCCAGACACGCGUAUACGAUCCGAUCCUCGCUGGUUUGUGAACUCGAGGGUUGUAGAUCAGAAAAGGCUUCAAUAUUAUCGUGAAGAGCUACAGAGGCGCAUGGAGAAUAGCUACAAUGUGAUUUUGAAUCAGAGAAAGCUGCCAGUGUCCCUUUGAGUGAGUGAAUGUCUUCUGCAAUUAUGAUUAGUGAUUAAAAUAUUUAAAUGAUUCAAACACGUUUGAUCUGUCUGAGAGUUGAGGAUCUUUCUUUUCAUAUUUAUAUGCAUGGAAACCAAGUUUGUAGGCGAAAGAAAGAGCUCUAAUUUUCAGCAA